AGAUCUGUAGGGAUCUGGCACGCUGGGGAAGCUGGGUCAGCCUGGCUGUGGCACAGCACCCUGCGUGCCGCGGACACCCCGACCCCACGCCAGCUCGUGGCCGCAUCCUGCCCCGCCAAGUCGUGAAGGAGCCCAGACCCUCGCCUGGAAGGAGCCGGCAGCGCCAGGGCCGAUGCCAUGGAAGGAGCUCAGCCCCCGCUAGCUGCAGAAGAGCUGACAACCCCAGGGCUGAAGAAGGCGCACACCCCCCCUCUGCAUGAGGACGCCAACACGGCUGUCAUCGCAGUUGUUAUCACGCUGGUGUUCAUCACCCUGCUGACGGUCCUGGUGGUGAUCAUCAUCUACCUGUACAGAAACAAAGGCAGCUACCUCACCUACGAGCAGCCGGCGGCCGAGACGGACGUGUCGGUGCAGAUGGAGGACGCCCCCUCCAAGGAGAAGGAAGAGUAUUUCAUCUGAGCCCCCGGGUGCAGCGCGCGCCCCUCUCUUGCACUCAGGUCUGACGCCAUGUGGCCUAAAUUUCUCAGAGUCUGGGAUCUAGCUUUUUUUUCUUUUUUUUUUCCUUUUUUUUUUUCCCUUAAUUUAUUAAGCAAACCAUAGAAGAUAAAAACCAGGCGUGGCAGAGCACAGCCCCGCUCCGGCUGCUCGCACCCUGUCCUCCCUUUGGUGCUUUCUAAUACAGCCCGGUGACAAAUGCGUGAAGAAUCGCUGUUGUUUUUUCCUUAUCUCACAAAACAAUUAAGUUAUUCUGCUCUGGGUUUAGGGUUGGGGUAAUCAGCGUGGCUAAUUUCGAGGCUAAGGUGGAGAAUGCUUACAAGCAGCCUGAUCGAUCACCCAGGUCACAAGGGGCUGCUGGCACGGGCAGUUCCUCCUUUAAAUCAGCCCCCCAAAAAAAACCUGAAGGAGGAAGUUUGCAAAAUAGCAGCAAAGAGGAAAUAAGCGAAGAAACCCUAAGGCGUGCGACGGGCAGGAGCCAAGGGGGUUUAUUUGAAGUCUAACGCAA